UGUCUGCCAGUUCGACUUGUUAAGUUAACGCUAAAUGAGUGCUUAAAUUUGGCGCUUCCGACCUUUGCCUAAGUCAAGUUCCGUUGUAUACGAUGAAGUCAACCGCAGCCAUCCUCACGCUGUGGGCCACCGUCACGCUGCUACUGCAUUACAGCGCGGCGCAGUCUGAGAACGCACCGUCGAAUCCGGGCAGGGCACAGUCAACGCUGGAAACGGCGCAGUUGGGGAGGGACAGCGACAAGAACCCAGCGAGAAGCCGACGUUCCAGCGCAUUCGACAUCCUACAAACAUUUUGGAAAUGUCCCGAUCCAUUAAUGACUUAUGGCUGCCGCAAAUGUGAGACGUCUUGUGCAAACCGCAAUCCGCCGGCGUCGUGCAGUUAUCUUUGCGACAGCACCUGCAUCUGCAAACCCGGACUAUAUCGUACGUUUAUUGCAUCGCCAAUAUGCGCACCGCCUAAUGGACCCCUGAUUAACAACUGCCUUGCACGCCCCAAUCAAGGCUGAAUGUAGCCAACGCCAGAUGUCCGUCAAAAGGUUUUUAGAAUGGCAAACAUAUUUUCAUGAAAUUUUGUGGUGAACUAAAAUUUCAGCACCGGAUACUGAUUGUGCUGUGCUUAAUGCGGUUGCUGGAGUAAUAUUAGCACUUUGUAAGCAGACUGGAAAUUUCCGCCGCCAAGGAAGAAUGUUAACCAUAAUCAUUUUAUCUGCCAGUGUUUGUGUCUGUGCAAUCUUUAACUAUGCCCACUUUACUAAAUGCCUGAACCACUGCAAUACGAUGAUACUCUGCGUUACUCGCCGAGUUGUAAUUACUGCGUCGCUUACACGCAUCGGUUUUUUAGUUUAGUUUUUUCAUUGAGCAGACAAACCUUUAAGGCAUUUUCACAUCUGGUCAGUACACUGCCUGAACAAAAACA